UUGCCUUAUCAAUUUCUUCCUCUCUCACUAUUCUCACACUCAGCUCCCAUUUCCAUCUCUAUACUACUAGCUGUACUGUGCAUGCUAAUAGCAGCUUAGUUUUACUUUAAUGGCGCAUCCUCAACUUCUUAUCACCUCACUUCUCAUUACGCUGGCUCUCGCCGCCACCGUCAACAUCUCCGCUUCCUAUGUCCUCAAGGGCUCUGUCUCCUGCAUGGACUGCAAUGCCCACCAUGAUCUCUCAGGAAUCAGGGUCUCGGUGAAGUGUAGCCACGAGAAGAAACUGGGCAUGGCGAUUACGGAAGAAGACGGCAGCUUUGACACAAGUGUGGCCUCAAACCCACCGCCUCCCGGCGGCUGCAGUGCCAAGAUCCUCGGAGCCACCCAACAGCUCUACGUUCCAAAAACCGAGGAAUCUAAGAUCGUGGAAGCACAUGGACACUACACAACCUCGGAGGCUUUAAGGUUUUACACCAAAUGCCCCAACAAAAAAUGUGGAUCUCCAGAUUCGGGGCUGGGCUCGUCCAAGACCUUUCAAGUGCCGCCGAUCCCCAGGGAAUAUGCUCCCACUGCUAGCUAUAUCUUACCUUUCUUUCCCAUCAUUGGCAUACCCUAAUUAUUAUGUAUGCUGCCCGGCCUGUUACUUUGUUUUAAUAAUAUGUAGUGCGGUUAAAACCGUUAUUAUACCUUAAACGAACUUCCAUAAUGAUGUAUUAUAUAUGUGCGUGGCAUAAAUUAAUUAGUUUAGUGUCAUAUAUAUAUGUAACUUCUUCUUCCUAUAUGUGUGUACGUGCGAGUAAAUGCACCGCUUUGCUAUGUUCAAUAUAAUUAAGGUAUUAUA